CCGCCCACCCUGCGUAUGUCAUGAUGGAUUAGCGGCGGCGGCGGGGAGCUCAGCGCCCGAGGAUCAGACCCAGACGGGGAAGGAGGGGGAGGAGGAAGAGGAGGAGGAGGAGGAGGAAGAGGAAAAGAGCAAGUGGGGAGGGGGCGUCUCUCCCCUCCGCCGCGGCCAGGCAGAGCGAGUUCCCCUCCCAGCCAAGGCAAAGAGGGCGAAAGCGGAGGAGGAAGCCGUCCUUCCGUCGGGGCCGGGAGGCCACUUCCUGGAGGGGAGUUUCACCCGGGUCCACCUGCAGAAAAACAGGAGGAGGAGGAGGAGAGGAGGCACACACCUGUCCAAAAUGAAGGACCGGCUGGAGCAGCUCAAGGCGAAACAAGAUCAAGAUGAUGCUGAUGAUGACUUGGAAAUUGCCAUUGAUAACACUGCUUUUAUGGAUGAAUUCUUUGCAGAGAUUGAGGAGACCCGGCAGAAUAUCGACAAAAUCUCAGAGAAUGUAGAAGAGGCAAAAAAGCUGUACAGCAUUAUCCUGUCUGCCCCCAUCCCUGAACAAAAGACAAAGGACGAUCUGGAACAGCUCACGGCAGAUAUCAAAAAAAUGGCUAACAGUGUCCGAAACAAACUUAAGAGUAUGGAACGCAACAUUGAGCAGGAUGAGGUCAGAUCAUCAGCAGAUCUGCGGAUACGGAAGUCCCAGCAUUCAGUCCUUUCCCGAAAAUUUGUCGAUGUGAUGACGAAAUACAAUGAGGCACAGGUGGACUUCCGGGAACGGAGCAAAGGGAGAAUCCAGCGGCAGCUUGAGAUCACUGGGAAGAAUACAACAGAUGAGGAGCUGGAAGAAAUGUUAGAGAGUGGGAAUCCUUCAAUAUUCACAUCUGGGAUCAUGGAUUCUCAGAUUUCAAAGCAAGCACUGAGUGAGAUUGAGGGACGGCAUAAGGAUAUUGUGCGGCUUGAAAGUAGCAUCAAGGAGCUUCACGAUAUGUUUGUGGACAUUGCCAUGCUGGUGGAAAACCAGGGAGAAAUUAUAGAUAACAUAGAACUCAAUGUGAUCCACACUGUAGAGCAUGUAGAGAAAGCUCGCGAAGAGACCAAAAAGGCCUUGAAAUAUAAGAGUAGUGCGCGCAAGAUGUUCCCAAGCUCCUCCUGCGUUGAUAGCAAGACUUCCCCUCCUGAUCCUCUCCACCGUGGUGUGACCUUCCCUUGCCUACCCUCCAGCCUGGCCUCUUGGAUUAAGUAUGAAUGGUUCCCUGCAGAAUGAGUUUACUUUCACCAGUGCUUCCUGUGAAAGCUCACUCCUUGGAUAAAGCUCUGUAGCUGGAACAUCCCAUCUACCUUGAUGAAUCCCCCAAGUCUAGGGACGGCAUAGCACUCCAGAGAGGAAUCUCCUAUCAAAUCUGUUCCCUAUCCAUCCCUUCCAUCUUUCCCACUAUACUUGGUGCCUCCAAAUGAAGCAUUUCCUGUUUUGAAGUCUACAGCCUUCUGAAACGUUCUACUGUACAGUUGAAUGAACCUUAAAGGGAACUGUGGAGUUACAAACCUACCUCACUGCCUUGUUUUCAGUAGUGCCUUUUUCAUUUUGAACCAUGAUGUCAAAGAAAUGCCAGACAUUGUUACUUAUAAAAAUGUUUAAUAUUAUUGGGUAGGAGUCAAAGUGGUUCCUACCAUAUAAUUCCAAACAGCUAUCCAGCUGUAUACUUUGGCUAGUCUUUGAAGGAUGGAGCAGAUUUUUCAAGCCCUACAUUGCUUGCAAGUUGCAGCUCUUAUCUCAUUGGCAGUCCUUCAGCACACUUUGCUCACGAAGUGCCUAAAAAGAGGUUAGGGCAAAGAACUAUGUUGAAUACCUAAUACAGCAAGAUUUUUACACAAAGUUUGAAUCGCGCCAUCUCCAGGAGAGUGAUUAUUUUAGGAUCUAAUACACUCCCAAUGUGAAAAUGCCAAUAUAUCCAGGAUUUCUAGAUCAUGGUCACAGUUGCAUUUUGCUGAAGGGAUGUAGCAUUAGCAUUAAAAUCCUCCAGAUCUGAGCUCUUUAUGUUCCUUUUUUUUGUUUCAGCUUUGUGCUUCACAAUAAAGUUUCCAUACUUUGGGCACUUAGAACUGGUCUGUGAGGAAAGGGAAAGCUGUCACAAGAUGCCCAUAGCUGAAGACACUCUUUAGAGUGAUGUGUUGCCUGUAAAUUUGAUAGCUCACUUCACUUGUUUUGAAUGCAAUUCAAUUUCUGUGUGGAUGCAAUUAUUUCCUAAUUGAACAUUUAAUUUUACUUGAGUGAGUAAAAACAUGAUGGCAUGUUUUCCCUCCUUAUGUAAUUACAUUUGUUUGAGUUUGUCUGAUGACAUAAGGAUUGUGAUUAAUCAAAGGCAUUGUUUGCUUUGAGAUGUUGGUUUUUUGUUUUUUGUUUUUUACUGUGGGUUUCUACCUCCUAUGAAAAGAAGUGUUGAAUGCACCCUGCCCAUAAUAGCUGUUUGCAACCUGGCAACUUGGUUACAGAACAGGGAAAAGCUGGUUUGGAGAAAAACAUGGGGCUACUUGAUAAGGAAGGACAGCUAAGAAAUAUGCCUUCCUGACAUCUCAGUUCCAAGCCCUCCUGUUGGAUAAAAGUUUUGUUGAAAAAUAAUUUUAUCUAUGUUAAGAGUUGCAAUUUUUUUAUUCACAUGAUAAAAAAAUUCCAUUUGAGCUUUGUUUCCAAAUAAUGAGUUUUAAAUUUAUUUCUAUGAGUAACUUAGUUAUUAUUACUACAGCUUGUAAACGCUUUGGUCCUGUUGCUGCUUUGCUUUCAGCUGGACCUUGUCCUACACAGGCAUUGUUCAUGAUGGCUAGAGGGCUGGUUUGCGUAUUUGUGAUAUGUAAAAUUGGUUAGGAGUAUAUCAUGUGAGGUCCUUGCGUGAAGAAACAAGUUUGACCAAGCCAAGCUGUAGUGUAAGAGCAAGUGCCAGAUUUUUCUCUUCAGUCUUGUCAUAUAUACAAUGAUAGCAUGAUGACUCCACUUUGACUGCCAUGGUUCCAUGCUGAGCUUUGGAGUUUAGGGAGGAUUAUUUAGAAUUAUCAGAUGGAGAAGGUAUGCCUCCUCAAGCUACAAAUUCCAUGACUCCACAGCAUGCAAACAUGGUAAUUAAAGUGGAAGCAUAGCUUUAUAAUUGUAUAGUGUUAAGAGGGUCCAGUAAAUUCACUGCAUGGAAGUCUAACUCAGGGCUUAGUAGUAGUAUUUAUACCGAUAUUUUUAAGGGCAGGUGCACUCAAAAUUAUUUUAAUUUACUCAGAUUAUUGGUUGGAAAGAUAACCUUAGUUGAUCUCAUCUAUGUGAGGUAACAGCACUUUGAGUGGAAUUUAAGGGUUUAUUUUCUGGGAAAUAUGACCCCCUUCUUAGUCACUAGCACAUCCUUCUUGGUGCACCUAUUUCACACAAUACACCAUUCACACCCUUGUUGUGCCGUUUUCUAAAUAUUCCUCAUGUGUUCCUUUGUAAGAAGCAUUUGGAUCGCCCCCAAAAGUGAGCACACAGACGGAGCUAGGAGGAGGAUGUCAUUUCCUCUAGGCUUUGAUGUCUGAAACUUGCAGGGUGGUGGUUGAAGCAAUGCUUGGAAUUACCAGCCUUAAUAGCCAUCUGAUUUAUCUGGACAGCAGCAAAUUAGGUUCUGUCAAUGCUUUUUCAUUUUUAAAAUGUAAAAAUAAAUGAAUUUAUUUAAACAUAAA